AUGCAUUUCUUCAUGACCUGUAUCGCCCUCCUUCCCCUCUUCACCAUGGCCGUAUCGGGCGCCUCCAAGUUCGCCAACACCUGCCAAAACAUCGAGAGCAACGGCAACGCCAUUCGUGCCGACUGCCGCGAGAACGAGAAUGGUCAGUACCGCACCAGCACACUCGACCUGAACCGCUGCAUCAAGAACAAGAAAGGCGGACUCAAGUGCGGAAAGAACGGCGACUAUACCGCUUCUUGCAUCAACUGCACUCUGCGAGGACACACCGACUUUGAAUGCAUGUGCCGCAAUGUUGAUGAGGGACACCGCUAUGUCCGUGCUCACAUCGAUCUGAACAAGUGCAUCAGCAACAACCACGGCGAGCUCGGUUGCUAA